AUGGCGGAAAAGGCAGUGAUCAUCAGAACCCGAAAGUUCAUGAUCAACAGACUUCUCUCGAGGAAGCAGUUCGUCAUUGAUGUUCUUCACCCUGGAAGAGCCAAUGUUUCAAAGGCUGAGCUGAAGGAGAAGCUAGCGAGGAUGUACGAGGUGAAGGACCCAAAUGCCAUAUUUGUUUUCAAAUUCAGAACCCACUUUGGAGGGUUUGGUUUGAUCUAUGACAAUGUCGAGAGCGCCAAGAAAUUCGAACCCAAGUACAGACUUAUCAGGUCUUUGUUUAAGGCAAGUACCUUUAUCAAUUAUUUCUUUUCUCCUACUUCUCAGAUUUGGAUCUCGUACUUGUUCAAGAACUCGAAUGCUUUGCAUGACUCUCACUGA